GAACAUGUAGUUGUUUUCAUUUAGAAUUUUCAUGUAUAAUGCUGCUCAACGAUUUCUUAUCAUUUGUAAGAGUAUUUUCCAUCUGAUUCUCUUACUUUCGACUUUCUGCUUGAUCUAUAUUUUGGCAUUCGAGAUCAUACAUAGAUAUCAUUUUUCUUGAUGAAAUUUUUGUCUUGACUUUUAUCUUAUUAUUAAUUGAAAAUGAAGUUAUUUAAACUUGAUUGAUUAAAGAGUCGCUUUUUCUUUUUCAAAUUGAUGUGUGAAAUCUCCAAAUCACUCAUGCUUCUUGAAUCAGUAAAACAUUUAAGAUAAAAGAUGACGUCGAUUAUCAAACUACAUGUAUUUUCGGGAGCCAAUGAUGAAUCUCCACCAUGUUAUUUAUUACAAGUGGAUGAAUUUAGAUUUCUGUUGGAUUGCGGAUGGAAUGAAAAUUUUGAUAUGUCCAUGUUGAAAGAAUUAAAAAGACAUAUUCAUCAGAUUGAUGCUGUCUUACUAUCAUAUCCUGAUAAUAUUCACCUGGGUGCUCUACCGUAUCUGAUAGGAAAGUGUGGACUGUCAUGUCCUAUAUAUUCUACUAUACCAGUCUAUAAGAUGGGACAAAUGUUUAUGUAUGAUCUCUUUCAGAGUCGACACAAUACGUCUGAUUUUGAUAUAUUUACGUUAGAUGAUGUUGAUAUGGCAUUUGAUAAAAUAACACAAUUAAAAUAUUCUCAGACUGUCACAUUGAAAGGUAAAGGACAUGGGUUACAGAUUACACCACUACCUGCUGGUCACAUGAUAGGAGGUACGAUAUGGAAGAUAGUAAAAGAUGGAGAAGAAGAAAUAGUUUAUGCUAUUGAUUAUAAUCAUAAAAAAGAAAGACAUUUAAAUGGUUGUUCAUUAGAGAUGUUUAAUAGACCAUCGUUAAUGAUAACAGACAGUUAUAACGCUAGUUAUACACAGUCUAGACGUCGUCUACGUGAUGAACAACUCAUGACCACAAUAUUACAAACAAUGCGAAAUGAUGGUAACGUUUUAGUUGCUAUGGAUACAGCAGGUCGAAUGCUGGAAUUGGCGCAGUUAUUAGAUCAGAUGUGGAGAAGUACAGAAUCUGGUCUAUCAACCUAUUCUCUAGCUUUAUUAAAUAAUGUUAGUUUUAAUGUUAUAGAAUUUGCCAAGUCACAGGUGGAAUGGAUGAGUGAUAAAAUUAUGAGAGCAUUUGAAGACAACCGAAAUAAUCCUUAUCAAUUUAAACAUUUAAAAUUAUGUCAUAAUUUAGCAGAACUUUCUCGCAUUCCAGAACCAAAGGUAGGUGCCUUUUACUUUAUCCAUAAACCUCCAUAA